GGGUAAAGAAUGUCAGUCACGUACGGUGGCCGGCCGGUCGGUGUAUUGUGCUUGUUGAAGAAACACAACAUUACGUUUUAGUCAUUUGGGAUGAAUCUAUUAAUGCAGAGAAACAAAUUACGUCGAAGCUAAGACAAACAAUAUCAGCUUCAAGACUAUUUUAUUAAACGUCGCCUUUUGUAAUUGUCUUUUUUCUUUUUUGCUAAUGCGACUAAGUCAAAAUGCGGCUGCUAGCUUAGCGGUCCAUCAGAACGACUAAUACUUCAAAAUAACACUUAAAUGUUUCGCUUUGAUUAAAAUGGAAGAUUCCUUCGACCAUCGAGACGCUGAUCGGGCCAAAGCUUUUUGGGACAAUGAGAACGUGGAUCAGGUGUUUAGUAUAAUAUUCAAGAAGCUGGAUCACCUGAAGGAAGUCCUGAAAGCCAACACGGCAACCGACAAAGAACGGGUCCAAGCUUUGAAGCUAUUCGACUGUCUUGAGUGGACGGUUCUGUCUCCGCUGGGCAACUCUCCGGUGGUUCAGUUGGUCGUUGGUUCAGAUAAAGAGCAUGAGCACCGCAGCGCCACACCCACAUCUCCUCCAUCUGCCUUCAAAGAUCAACUGCCUCCUCUGCUGCCCAUUCAGCCGCCCUACAAGCUGCACGUGUGCAACAAGAUGUGCCUGCCUUCUUUACAAAGCACACUUCGGGCCAAACUGCCAUAUUGGACUCAGAACCCGCUCAAGGUACCGCUGCUGUGCGGGUUCAAGAGGAUGGUGGCCAGGCCACUGAUGUCAUCCAAUGAGGACGGGCCCAGCGACGAUCAUUGGACAGAUGAGGAGGAAGAUGAAAGCCACUGGGACGUUAUUUACAAAGCCCCCUGUGGACACAGCCUCCGUAACUAUGCCGACGUGUUACGCUUCCUGUUGGCCAGUAAAAGCUCUGAUGUAUUCCAGCUGGACAAUUUCUCCUUCAACAUGGCGGUCCAGUUGGACCCUCCCAUAGUCCUAGGCAGCCAUCCCCCAGAGAUAGACCUGAGUCGCGGAGCCGAGCCGACCCCAGUGGAGCUUUGCGUGGGGCCCGAUGACUCCCGGCCCCCUGAAUUCCGCUACAGGAAGGAGCGCUGGCCGCAUGGCUGCUUCCUGACCCGACGUCCCGUAUUUGGCGCGUGUUGCGACUGUACAGAUGGAUGCUUGGACGAACAACGCUGCGACUGCAUCGCCAUGACGGGAUCAGGAAACCACUACAACUAUCAGAGACUCUCCCACCCAGUGCCGUCCGGGUUGUUUGAGUGCGGGCCGUGGUGCAGCUGCGACCGGGCUCGUUGUCAGAAUCGAGUCAUCCAGAGAGGAAUCCGAGUCCGUCUUCAAGUCUUCCGGACGGAGCGUUGCGGCUGGGGUGUGCGCUGCUGUGACGACUUGGACGUGGGCACGUUUGUGUGCAUCUACGCAGGCGUGAUCCUGCAGAGAGUCCAGCGACCCAUUGAGCCUCCGCCACUGAAGCUGAGCAGAAUGGACCUGCCGUCCGAUGACGAGGUGGAGUUGGUCACCGAGUGGCUGGCACCCCCAGUACUGGAGGCUAACGACUUUCUGGAAAACGCCGACCCCCCGACUUCGCCGCCGCUGCACGUCGCAGUCAUCCAGAGACCCGCCGAGGCCAACGCAAAUCAGAGCAAAGACAAGGCGAAGAAAGCUUUGACGUCACCAAACAACGCCGACGGGCACGGCAGCAAAAGGAGAUUGAAGAUGGCGGGAAAGUCGGAGGACGUUUAUUUGCUGGAUGCCAGGAAGGAAGGAAACGUGAGCCGCUUCCUCAACCAUAGUUGCCAGCCCAAUCUUUUUAUUCAGAACGUCUUCACCGACUCACAUGACCCCAACUUCCCCAUCGUCGCCUUCUUCACCAACAGGAUGGUGAAGGCAGGCACCGAACUGACGUGGAAUUAUUCUUCCGACGCAUACACGAUGUCGCUGCGUCGACAACAUGAAGUGGCGUGCAUGUGCGGCGCUGACGGCUGCCUGGGCCAAUUCCUGGAGGAGAACCUUUGUAAAACAUGUGAGCUUGGAGUUUCGGACACUAUGGAGGAGACGUGAGCGCCUUGAACCCUUUUCCACUUUUUUACAAGUUGCUUAAUAAAAUGAAAAAAAAGAGGUGACAUUCUGCACCCUGUAUUAAUAGAAAUAGGUGGAACCUUUCGUCAACUAAGGAAAGAAAUUGUUCCGCCACUGGCAUAGAGGGAUGUCCAAAAGUAGUUUGAGUCGUUAAUACGGAUAUUUUGAGACUAAAAAAUUAAAAUUCAAUAAUUGUCUCACAGCAUGCCAAUGCGAUUGGUUAGUGUCUAAUUGAACGACUACAAAGAUAUUGGUUAGUGUAAUUAAACUACAAAAAUAUUACUCUACUAAAUGACAAAAUAUUUAUAAUUACCCAUGGCCCGUUAAGCCAAUUAUGUCAACAAUGCUAAGAUAAUCAAUUCUAGGAAGUCCGCCAUCUCAAGUGCAGGAUUUACUCGAAGAAGAAAUGAGUUACUUUAGACUGGAAGACCAAAAUCACUCAUUUAUUGAUUUGACAAGUCAGUUGACCAAGCAAUCCAGCUUGGGUGGUCUGGAAGUAUGAAAAAUAACUGAUGCAAAGUCCAUCUGUUAGCACAUACAGACACAGUCUGAAUAGAAAAACAAAACAAAAUCCUCCAGACUGCUGACCGUCUCUGAAUCCAAAGCCGCCGUCGUCUCUUAAGACUCAAGUGUGGAUGUUUUUACGCUUGGAUGGUGUUCUUGGAACUGAAGGCCACAUAGUAGAGUAGAAUUCCCACCAGGGCUGCCACCACCUCGGUGGAAACCCACGGGCCACUCCACACGCCCUGAAGUCACAACGGCGCGACAUCAGUCACAUCGCAACUACGCAUGCUUCCAACUUCACAAAAAGCGGACAAUCAGCGUCAAAAGAUGAUACAAAGGCACGCAACACUCACCCUGUGGUCCACGUUGACCAAAAAUAGAGGCUGGAUGGCGUUCACAUCUUCAUUGUUUCUCUGGGCCUACAAAACACAUAAAAUUCUCAUUCCAACCAAAAAGCUAAAUAAAUAACUCCUAUAGCUUAGCAUCUGGCGCUAACCUUGCGCAGUGCGCUGUAGGAUUCCUCGUCAAAGAACUUGACCUGGUAAGUUCCUGAGCUGGCCUGCUUGUGAGGAAGACUCCAUGACACCUAAGGUCAAGUCAAAGCCAAGUUAGGAUGGGGAGGAAAUGGACACGGCACUCAGACAGCUAGUUAAGUACACUAUAGAAACGUGUCAAGUGUGAAAGGUUUACCUGGUACUUGCCAACAUCCUGGCCUCUGGUCACAGGAAACUGUCUUCCAUUCACAUCAGCGUACAAAGUGAUGCUCUGCCGGGUGGUCAAAGUGGUUAGCAAUGGUUUAAUGUUACCAGUUACCAACAAUAGUUAGGGACAGUUAACAAUGGUAAGCAGUCGUUAUCAACAGUUAACAAAGGCUUCACGUUUCUUAGUAAAGUCCAGUGUGUGUCUGCAUGGUGCCUUGUUGUGAACUUACCUGUGCUCCGUUGGCACAAACCAGGCUGAGCUCCACGAUGAACACCGACUCUGCGGCGAUGACAGCGUCCGAGGUGGUGUAGGCCGACGGGGUGAUGACCGGCUCCGUGCAGGUCUCUCCUGUCAAGGGAUACGAUGUAUGUAUAUGGUGAACGUUAACAUCUGACCUGGAAUAUGUUUGUCAUCCUUCAAUUUGAUAACUUGGAUAAUUCAUAUAUAUCACGUGUUCCACAUCCAUUGUAUCGGUGUACUUUUUGUCCUCAUUCGAAAGGCACACGAGUAAAAAUACUAUUUUUUUCUAAUUAAUGCAAAACUAGAAUAGUUGACACCUGUGCACUUCUGGUAUUACUGAUAAAGCGCUAAAUAUUAACUAGUGUCAUUUAUGACGUCCUUAGCAGUACUAGUAGCGUGCAGUGGACAGUUUAGCCUCACUCGUGCUAUGUACAAACGUUCUAAACCGUCAUAGUAGAGCAUACUAGUACAUGGAUAUUUAUUUUGAUAUUAAGACAAAAUUCUCAGACGUUUUUUCAUUGAAACACUAGUUCGACUAGUAGCUCAUUAGCGAACUAGCUUCAUAGCAUUUGGAAAGCUCUUAAAACCUCCAACCAUUUAGCUUACCCGAGCAUGCAACCACCAACAGGGCGAGGAAUGCGGCUGCUAUCCGGAUCAUUGUAGCUUUUGGGGCUUCACGCGUUGAGAGGUCAAGUGUUGCUUUGGAAAAGUUCUUCUACAACGCUGCUGUUCGGUGACUGCGGGUCGGGGAAAAGGAAAGGAAA